AUGAUUGUGAGAUUGCUGAGCCUGUUGUGCGUCGGGAUUUUGGUGGCUUCGGUGCAGAACGCCGAAGGAAACAACGACAAUGAAGCAUCGGUGCAAUACAAUUGGUCAUGCCAGAAACUGGUCGUGUCAUGUGGUGUGGGAGUUGUGAGAACCGGCCAGACCGCUUCUGAGUGUCGCACACUGACAAGCGCGCUUCUUAACCCGAAGUAG